GUGCUUCGCUCUUCUUGGGAAAUGUCCCUUCCGGGCUGCCGUGGUUGCCAAGAGACCGCAGAUUUGAUGGCCGCGUCCCGUUGUCCUGGUUACCAGUAACAUGGCGGAGUCGCAAGAGAGAUUUUAGGCAGGUGCCUUAGAAAGAAGAGAAUGAUGCUAGCACAGGUUCAGCCACGUACUCUGGAUACCGGGGUGUUUGUUGGAAACACUCAUAUCAAGCUGGGUAAUGUUUCCUCACAGAGACAUUCUCUGUCCCAAGCACAAAAAAAGAAGAAGGUUAAAGAAAAGAAAAACAUCAUGCUGGGAGUUGAAGUCUGCAAGAGUCUCCAGUGGCAAAACUGGGAGCCCGGCAAAGAGUUCAUCAGAACCCUCACACUGAAAAAUGUCCGGCUGAAAACACAGAAAAUCAGAUUUAGUCCUCCAAGCAGCAGUUUCUUCAGCACUCUGUACCCACAAACUGUCGUUCUGAGUGCAGGGACAUCCUUCUCUCUUCCUGUAACAUUCCGCCCAGUGGAAAAGCGAGAUUAUGAAGAUUUCAUAGUGUUUGAUGUAGAAGAAGGGACAUUCUCAGUAGCUUUACGUGCCAUCCUUCCACGCCACCAUCUGCACUUCCAGGAGAUUCUGCAGUUACCUAACUGUGCCGUGUGUGGCACCACUGAGGGCUCAUUUAUCCUCCGGAACACUACUGAUCUACAGACUGCAUUCAGAUGGGAAGUCCCACAGCCCUUCGUAUUACUUCCAGCCAGCGGUGUGCUGGAACCUAAAUGUGAGAUUCGCAUGAAGGUCCUGUUCCAACCACAAGCUGCCCUAGUGUAUGAUGGGAUGGCAACAUGUUGGUUUGGAGUCAAUGAGGAACUUCAAAGGAGCAUUCGCCUUACAUCUAUUGGCAAGUAUCCCCAUCUGAUCGUGAGUGUCCCAGGAAGCACCGGAGAGAGUGAUGGGCCGGCUCUGCACUUUGGCCCUGUUGGAGUGGGCACAGUGGUGGAAAAGCACAUAGAGAUACACAACCUGACAACCGUAGAUUCCCCUUUCCGUAUCGAACGCGCAAAGCAGGCCUCGCAGUUGGACAGUAACUUCCAUUGUGGAGUUGAGCACGCUUUGGCCCCAGCUCAAGGGAAACUGAGGAUCCCUGUGCAGUUCCGCCCACGUACAGUUGGAAUGGAGAGUUUGGAUUAUUUCCAUAUAAUACCUGCUGGUAACUUCACCAAGACAAUGGUUAAAGUUUCAGGCAUAUGUCAAGGUCCACAAUUGUCUAUGACGAAGCCCAUGCUGAACUUUGGUCUGGUGAAUGUAGGGGACAAGGUUUUGCGAACACUGGAAAUCACUAAUUCAUCGACUGUGCCGGCUCAUUAUCAGUUCAAUAUUGACUGCAGUGAAAGUGUUUUCUCUUUUGAUCGGCCUUGUGGCACACUGGGUCCAGGGGAUACCCAUAGUCUGCAUGUUACCUUCUCUCCAAACCACACAAUCCCUCACUAUAGGAGAGUGGCAUGUCUUAUCCACCAUCAGGAACCUCUGUUUCUGGAUUUAAUUGGCACCUGUCACUCUGAUUUGGAGGCACCAGCUGUUCUACUCCCAAAGCAUUUGUCGCUGUACAGGAAGAACAGGGCACGUGGGCUUACUGGCUAUCCUCCUGAUAUACUGGGCACUAUGCUGCAGGAAGGAAAGCUUGGCACUGAUGCAGAAGGAGCUCUUGUACCUUUAAAUCAGGAUGAAGAUGAGAAGCUACUGGAAAGACCAGUUGACACAGAUGCCAUGUCUGAAAUCUACGAUGAUGAAUUUAUCACAUUUCCAUCCCAUGUGACCUCCAGCACCCGUGACUUUGACUUUGGCCCCUGUGCAAUACGUUCUCAGGGCGAACAGCUGCCUUUGUCCUUAACUAACCACACAAAAGGCAAGCUGGUAGUAAUCUGGACCUCCAAGCAACAUAGUCCUUUUCGGGUCAGCCCAGAGUAUACAGAAAUCCCACCUCUGAAAUCCACUGCCUUUAGAGUGGUCUUCCAGCCAUCACAGCCAAACACAUUCUAUGGAGGGGAAUUAGAGGGCUUCAUGUUCUAUAAGGUCUUGCAGGAUUACCGUAAUGUGAAGGAUGCCACAAUGUGCCCACCAUGGUGCAUUACACUGCAGGCCAGAGGACACACUUUUAAGCCGGGACAUGAACACUUUGUUGCUAGCUGUCUGCUCGAUUCUCCUAAAAUGGUCUUUCCACCAGUAAAUCAGAAUGAGCAGGCACUACGCACCCUCUUACUGCAGAACACUGGAACCUCUGCUUUGACAUAUUUGAUAGACAAUGAAAAGAGCCCUUCAGUCCACGUAAAGCCUGCAUCGGCAUAUGUGGCCCCAGGAUCCCACCAGGUUAUACUGCUGAGAACCGAGCCCAGUGACAGCGUCCUCACUAAGCACUGCCUGUCAGUUCAGUUCAACUACAGCAAUAACUACAUCCAGGAUAUUGUUCUGUUUUCUCGUGCUGAAGCCCCCCAGCUACUCCUGGAGGAGGAAGGCCGGCUCUAUUUUAAGCCCACCUGUGUGGGUAAUGAGUGUCACCGCUCAUUCUCUCUAAAGAACUGCUCUAGGGUGCCGCUGAACUUCAGAUGGAAUAUACAACAUGAAGACACACCAUUUUUUUCGGUUAACCCAACCAGUGGCGUUAUCAAACCCAAUGAAACAAUGGCCCAGACCUGGACUUUCGUACCGCAGGAAGAAAAAAAAUAUAUUGCUAAAGCUACGGUGAUCACAUGGGCAGCCAAGGAGGGCUGGGAACCAGUAAAAAAAUGCCGCUACGUCCUUCGUAUUACUGGGGAUGGAUGUGUUGGAAGCAUAUCGACCCAAGAGGAGCAGGUCGACCUGGGGAACAUUUUGGUUGGAGGCUUUCAGUCAUGUGAUUUGAUGCUUAUAAAUGCCGGGGACUGCACACUUGAAUACUCUCUCAGUGCAAAGCAGGAAAUAACAGGCCCUUGUGAUCCUGAUGAAGUCACCAGUGACCCAGUUGCCCUGGAAUUUGAACACAAGGAAGGGCGACUGCCAGCACGGGCCAAGCUCAGUGUAACCGUUACAGCACGUCCUGCCCGCAGGCUACAGUACAAAUGGACAAUUAGCUACCGCAUUCUCACCCCUAAAGCCCAGGAUCCUGAAAAUGCAGUUGCCCAGGAGCAGUUUCUGUGCUGCGUGACAGCCCAAGGAGUUUACCCCACUCUCUCUAUUGCGGAUGCAUGCCCCGCUGGCAGUGCCAGCUCCCUCAGCAAAAUCCAGCUCUGGAGAUUUUUCUCAUUGGAGAGGCUGAACGCAUACCUCCAAAGUGACCCCACCCCUGAUGAGCUAAUAUACAGGGUACCUACACGCCACAGCACCUGCAGACACCCCUCCAUUAAUACCCCAGUGCUGCUUGAUUUCAACUUCGGGGCCGCACCUGUAGGAACAGAACCAUUUGCAGCUCUGCUCUUGCUGGAGAAUAAAGGCAUUGUGCCCGUGACUUGGGAUUUCUUGUUUCCUGUUGAUCAACAAAUCGAAUUGGAGUACUGGGCUGAAACCUGGGAGUUUGACCCAAGUGAAAUUCACCAAAUGCGCAUUCAGGAUAACAAACUGUUUGCUGUCAGUCCCAAAUCUGGAGUGCUGAGCCCGGGGCAGCAACAGACAGUGCAGCUAACAUACAGGCAUGAUUUUGUUGGCACUGAUCGCCUGCCCGUCCUGUUAAAGUUAUCACAUGGUCGGGAGAUUCUGCUGAACUUUAUAGGAGUGACAGUGGAAAGUGGGCAGCGCUAUGUGCAUUUUACUGGCACAAAACACACCUUCACCCCUGUGGCCAUUGGCAGUUCCAACCCCUCCAAACAGAUUUAUGAGCUGUUCAAUGGGGGCUCCGUUGCUGUGAUAUAUGAAAUUGACCUGGAGCCUCUGAGGAAGAUCCAGGAGCAGAACUAUCAUCACCCCAUAUUUCAGUGCCUGACCCCCCGGGGGGAAAUCUUGCCGGGCUCCAUUGUUUGUGUGGAGUGGAUAUUUUCCCCACUGGAGGCAAAAACAUAUUCAGUGGACGUUCCUAUUCAUAUUCUCGGAGGAGAUUCUGCCCUCAUUACAUUUGAAGGGAUCGGCUAUGAUUGUAAUAUCCUUGGUGAAUCUGCUGUGUUUGAGGUCUUAUCUCCGAUCGUAGCCAGCCCGAGGCUCAAGGUGCCAGGACAGGUGGUUUAUAUAACCCAGCAGAAGGUAACAUUCGGGGAUAUGCCUGUGUUCUGCAAAUCCAGCCGCCUGCUGUUCCUGAAUAAUCCCUCUCAGAAUGAGGCGGCCUACUUCACUUGGUACGCCGGCUCUGCCAAUACCAGCCAGACACUGCAGGUUUCUCCAUUAUCUGGGGUGGUGAGACCAGGCGAGAGCACAAACAUCACAGUGACCAUCCAGACAGGGGACCAAGCUGCCUUCUAUAUACUGGACCUUGUUUGUGAGAUUUUCAUGGAAAAAACUUUGGCUACUUAUGAACAGGAAUUGGCAAAGUGGGAGGAAGAAGAGGAACGGCAGUCCGUGGAGUUUACAGUCGGUGACACAAAAAUGCCAUCUUCUGCGGCAAGCAAGAAUAUCUUGCCAUCAAGUGGAUUUGUUGAAGUCAAAGCCAAUCAGCGACUGCCUGAAAUACAGAGGUACAAGACCCUCCCACCAAUCAGGAAUGCAGAAGUAAUUCCCCCACCUGCCAGCAGAGACAGGAAGAGUCGUAGGGCAGAAAAGGAGGCACAGAGAUUCUGGGCUAGACCAGAACCUCCUGCCCCAUUGCAGCUUCAUGUGUCAGUGACUGGAAGAUCCCAUUACAUCCCAGAUUUCCUAAACCAAUUCCAGAAUGACUUCCAGCGGCAUUUCCAGCACAGAUUGCCUAUUAAGCAGGCAGAGGGACCUGCCUAUAUGGAUCUUCAACCAGAGACCGGGGAGUCUGAGGUGAAACCAAAGAAGUUGCCCCCAGAGACACAAGAAAUGGCCACAGACAUCAUGGCUUCCAUAAUCAGGAGCCUCUUGGAGGACAAGCACUUCCAUGAAGAACUGGCACAGACGCGGAAAGACCCCCUUCCUUACUUCAGCCAGCUGGGCGGCCAAGGAAACCUCCCUGGAAUGGAAAAGAUACCUAGAAAUGUGGAAUUGAUGCCAUCUGAGGGAAUGCCUGCAACUUCACUAAUCAGUCAGGAAGAGCAGGAAGAAGAGGGCACGGCUACAAAUUCUCCCAUUGCCCCUAAGGAAGGGUCCCUUAUAGAGUACCAAAGGAAUCAGUCUAAACUAGAUGAGGAACUGAAAGAGAAAGCUAAAAGGACUCCUGCAUUCAGUCAUCUGGUAGAGUCAGUUCUGGAGAACACUCUGCUGAACAUUCUGACUGAAGCCAACCGAGGAGAAGUGGUCCUUACAACCCGCCCCCGAGUCAUCGCCCUACCGCCCGUCACCCCAAGGGGGAUCAGCCCGACCUCUACAGCACGGAGUCUUUCACUGGGACAGAAUAUGGCAGGCACACCGACUACUAAGCCGCACACUGUCACUGACAGUCCGAGACCGUUCCCUCCGGCAGAAGGGCAAUAGUCAAGACUUGGGGCUCAUUGGCAAAGAGGUGUCUGUUAAAGUCUGUGCAAAAGGGCUAAUAGCGUCAAUGAUAUCUAUGCCAAUCCAGCUUUCAUUGGGGGGCACUAGAUCGCCCCUAGGUCUAUAUGGCAGACAAAAAGGUGCGACAUGGCUCUUCUCCUUCAUGCCUGAAGCAUAACUACUGUGUUUGUUUGGGUUAGGGGUACUUGACAUACCCACGCACUGGUACACUGCACCCAGGGGCACCCAAAGUAGCCACGUCCCCUAAUACUAUGCCAGGUUUGGCUUUGCUUUUGGCUGAUGUCCCAUGGAGCGAUUUAGUCGCCUGAGAUAGAUCUCUGCUACCACUGGUGACUAAUCUCUCCAAAAUGGCUUUGCUUUGGUUUUCCGAAGUCACGCAAAGUUGACUGCAGGAGAGAGAGAUUAGUCACCAGUGGUAGCAGAGAUCUGUCGCAGGCGACUAAAUCUCUCCAUUGGACAACAGCAUUAAACUAUGGCAGCUAACACCAAAUUCAUGUUUUCGCACCGGUUUUAGUGAUGAAAGUCAAUGAGCCCCUUGGGCACUUUUGGAUAUUGGACAUCAACGCAUCUGGUCGCAGUAUAAGAGACGCUAUGGCCAUUUGAGACUUGUAUACAUUAUUAUGGAGAGGGGUGAGGACAGUUACAAUGUUGCAAGUAAAUCUUAUUUUCAACUACA